AGGAUGUUAUAGUUAUGUACACACACUCCACAUCCACACACCAAUCAAUAGAUUUCUUUUUCCAAUCUCCUCCCCAAAUUUGUAUACCCACCCCAUUACUGAUCACAUGCCCUGUUAACUCCCUCUUAAUCCCAACAAUUUCUUACAAUCGUAGUCAACAAGGACGAUCGUGAUGAUGAUCCAAUCGGGUGUAGGAGGAGGAGGAGGAGUAACGACUAACAAAACCGCUGCCACCCGACUUGCUUCUUUUAGUGCUUCUCAGAUCUUCGGCGGCUGCCACGAGCGGGACAUUCUUAUAAAGAAAACCAAUUCCUCUGUUCCAUUCGCUCACCGGAAAAUGUCUCAUUCCAACAUUACUGAUGGAGGAAGAAGAAGAAGCAGCAGUAGCUCAAGCCCGCAUGUUUUUUGCCCCAAAGCUGUUUCUGACUCUAGUUAUUCUCAGACCUGUCUCGACCCUGAUGCCAGCAACAGUGUGCUUGGAAUCAUCCUUGGUGGUGGAGCAGGGACUCGACUAUAUCCUCUUACAAAGAAAAGAGCCAAACCUGCUGUUCCUUUAGGAGCUAAUUACAGGCUCAUCGAUAUACCUGUCAGCAAUUGCUUAAACAGCAACAUAUCAAAGAUAUAUGUUCUCACCCAAUUCAAUUCUGCAUCUCUCAAUCGACAUCUCUCAAGGGCAUAUGCAACCAACAUGGGUGGCUAUAAGAAUGAAGGUUUUGUUGAAGUUCUUGCAGCACAACAAAGCCCUGAGAAUCCGGAUUGGUUCCAGGGUACAGCUGAUGCUGUAAGGCAGUAUCUAUGGCUGCUUGAAGAACAAAAUGUGUUGGAAUAUCUGGUUCUUGCUGGUGAUCAUUUGUACAGAAUGGAUUAUGAAAAGUUCAUUCAAGCACACAGGGAAACUGAUGCUGAUAUAACUGUGGCUGCUCUACCAAUGGAUGAAAAGCGUGCCACUGCAUUUGGUUUAAUGAAGAUCGAUGAAGAAGGAAGGAUAAUUGAGUUUUCAGAAAAGCCAAAGGGAGACAAAUUACAAGCAAUGAAGGUUGAUACUACCAUUUUAGGGCUUGAUGAUAAAAGAGCAAAAGAAAUGCCUUUUAUUGCAAGUAUGGGCAUAUAUGUUUUCAGUAAAAAUGUUAUGCUGGAUUUGCUUAGAGAAAAGUUUCCAGGAGCAAAUGACUUUGGAAGUGAAGUAAUUCCAGGUGCAACUUCCAUUGGAUUGAGGGUACAAGCAUACUUGUAUGAUGGCUAUUGGGAAGACAUUGGUACCAUUGAAGCUUUCUAUCAUGCAAAUCUUGGAAUCACCAAGAAGCCAGUUCCAGACUUCAGUUUUUAUGAUCGGACUGCUCCAAUAUAUACACAACCACGGUAUCUACCACCUUCAAAAAUGUUGGAUGCUGAUGUUACAAAUAGUGUCAUUGGUGAAGGUUGUGUGAUCAAGAAAUGUAAGAUUCAUCAUUCGGUGGUUGGUCUUCGGUCAUGCAUCUCUGAGGGUGUCAUUAUUGAAGAUACUUUGCUCAUGGGAGCCGACUACUAUGAGACUGACGCAGACAAAAGAGUGUUGGAAGCAAAGGGUGGGGUUCCUAUAGGCAUUGGAAAGAAUACACACAUCAAGAAAGCAAUAAUAGACAAAAAUGCUCGUAUUGGGGAUAAUGUCCAGAUUAUAAACAAAAACAAUGUUGAAGAAGCAGCGAGGGAAACGAAUGGUUACUUCAUUAAGAGCGGAAUUGUAACGGUCAUGAAAGAUGCAGUCAUUCCAAGUGGCACCGUAAUAUGAAACACCAUUUUAUCGUGUCAUCUUGUAUUUUGACUUUCAAUUUAUAUAGCAAUCGAUCUUUUUUAAAAUAAAAGUCUUUCAUAUUAGUUGAUCAAA